AUGACAGUGGUUCCAGAAAAGCCGGCAGGCUUCGCUGAGCUGUCCAAGAACAAGAGAGUGUUAGCGUGGUGCCUUCUCAUUUUCAUUCUACCUAUCAACUUCGGGUACGAACUUGCACUCGUCGGCAACAUCCUCGCUAUUCCUGCCUUCCUCGAUCGCUUCGGAACGACCACGGCCUCCGGCAUCAAGGAGAUUCCGACCCAAGAUCAGCAAAUACUCAAUGCCUCUACUACCGUCGGCAUCGUGCUAGCAGCAUAUUGCACCGGAUUCAUCUCGGACAUCAUCGGACGCCGCAUGGUUGUCAUCUGCGGUUGUGUUCUUUGCAUUGCCGGUAUCAUCGUUCAAGGUUUCUCGAACUCGAUUUUGAUGCUAUUUGGCGGCAAGCUCAUCAGCACCGUUGGGUACGGUUUGGGCCACGCACUGGGUCCCGUAUACGUCGCCGAGAUUGCACCGGACGCUUUACGCGGAGUAUGUCUCAUUCUCAUCAACACCAUGAUCGUCAUCGGACAGUGGUCCUGCGCUCUCGUCGGCUACGGCGGGUCUUUUAUCAAGAGUGACUGGGGCUGGAGGUUGCCUGUACUCGCACAGCUGGUGCCUCCAGUCUUGAUGCUGGUGCUUGGUGGAAUCUUGCUUCCAGAGUCCCCAUCUUGGCUGCUGAUGAUGGGAAGACGCGAAGAAGCCGGGAAGUCACUGCGAAAAUUCAAUGGCCCGAGACACAACGUAGAAGAGACCUUGGCAAUCAUUGAAGCAACACUUGAAAAGGAGAAGGCAUUAAGCAAAGGUGGCGCCUCAUACUUCGACUGUUUUCGGGGCACCAAUUUGCGCAGAACCACAAUUGUUUGCAUGGUGUAUUUGACCCAGCAAUUUGCUGGUGCUCAGCUGGUUGUGGGCUACCUCUCAUAUUUCUUCACUAUUGCUGGAGUGGGUAACCCUAUCGGUAUUGCCCAGGUCUGCUACAGUAUUCAGCUACUUGGCAACAUUUGUUCGUGGUUCUUGGUAGAAAGAGUCGGUCGCAGACCACUGAUAGUCUGGGGAACUGUGGCUAUGACGGCGCUUCUACUAGUGAUCGGUGGCCUGGGUGUUCCCAAAAGUAAUCAGAACGCUCUUACUGCCAUGGUUGCACUCAUGGCUCUUUGGGGAUUCAUUUUCCAACUUUCGAUCGGUGCUAUCGGAUAUGCCGUCGGUGGUGAGACUGCAUCCCCUCGUCUUCGUCAAAAAACGUAUUCUAUCAACGUGAUGAGCAACACAGCGGCGGCAUGUCUUGUCACGCAGCUUAUGCCGUUCUUGAUCAACCCCAGCAACGCCAAUCUCGGAGGCAAGGUUGCUUUCGUUUUCUUUGGACCAUCGCUGCUGUGUUCUAUCUACCUCUACUUCUGCUUCCCAGAGAUGAAGGGCCGCAGUUAUUUGGAGCUGGAGAACAUGUUUCAGAAGCGUUUGCCAACUCGAGCAUUCAAGAACUACCAUUCAGAGAUCGAGACUGUCGAGGUGGAUGAUGGGGAGAAAGUUGCGGUGGUCCUGAAGGAUUAAUGAGUUGGCAAGACAUGCCGCGGCCAUUGUUCUGCUACCUAUACAACGCAAGGUCUACCGUAGCAACAAGUAUUAAUGGGUAUCAACGCAGUUCUUGGAAUCUAACCAGAUUCAGCGUACCUGGCCCCCUUGCACGGAUUUUCUCUGCGUUUCGAGAUGCAGUCUUUAUAAAAAAUCUCUGAGUAGAUCGUUGACACGAUCUACCGAUCAAGUG